AUGUCGCGAAUACUUCAUUCGUCGAUUAAGCACCUGAGUCUAAUGGCUUCCCAUAUGUCUACCCGCACAAAUAUGGGGGUAUCAUUGAUGGAUUUACCGAAAUCGAGUGUCUUCACGUCCAAAUUACCUCCAGACCCUGCUUUUGAGACUCCAGAUAUAUCGCAUAAGGCGCCUCGAGAGACUUUGGGCCCCCGCAUUGUCAAGGGAGCGUUGUUUACCUAUGUACGACCGGAGAAUAUUGAGGAUACAGAACUGCUCGUUGUGAGUCCUAGGGCAAUGGAAGAUCUAGGCCUGAAGUCUGGAGAGGAACAAACACCGCAUUUCCAUGCAUUAGUUGCUGGAAAGGAAAUCUGGUGGGGCGAGGAGCAGGGGGGAAUCUACCCAUGGGCGCAAUGCUAUGGGGGUAAGUCAUUUCACUACUUGGUUUGCCCUCAGAGAGUUAUGACAAACCCGGUGCUAACAAGAUAUUCUAGGCUGGCAAUUUUUCCCAGUGGAUCAUGGGCUGGACAGCUAGGAGACGGGCGAGCAAUCAGUCUCUUUGAAUGCACCAAUCCACAAUCAGAUAGACGAUACGAGCUACAGCUGAAAGGUGCAGGAAAGACACCCUAUUCUCGAUUUGCCGAUGGCAAGGCAGUUUUACGGUCCAGCAUCCGUGAAUUUAUCGUCUCUGAGGCCCUCAACGCCUUGGGUGUGCCUACUACCCGUGCAUUAUCCUUGACAUUGCUACCAAACGAAAAAGUGCUGCGAGAGCGACUCGAACCAGGAGCUAUUGUCGCCCGAUUUGCUGAAUCCUGGCUGCGAAUUGGAACAUUCGAUCUUCUCCGUGUUCGCGGUGACCGUGAUCUGAUCCGGAAACUGGCAUCAUACAUCGCGGAAGAUGUUUUUGGCGGCUGGGAAAAUCUCCCUGCUGCAGUAUCGGUAGGCGAAGAGCAAACAGCCUCGGAUAUAGAUCAGCCGCAAAGGGGAAUCCCUUGGGACGAUGUGCAGGAACACCAAGGAGUCAAUGAGAACCGAUUUGCGCGGUUGUAUCGCGAAAUAACUCGGCGCAAUGCAAAGACUGUAGCUGCAUGGCAGGCUUACGGCUUUAUGAAUGGGGUCCUCAACACUGACAAUACCUCUAUUUUUGGCUUGUCGCUGGACUUUGGCCCCUUUGCUUUUAUGGAUAACUUUGAUCCAGCAUACACACCAAACCAUGAUGACCAUAUGUUGCGUUACUCGUAUAAGAACCAACCUAGUAUCAUUUGGUGGAACCUGGUUCGACUUGGUGAGUCUCUUGGGGAGCUUCUUGGUGCUGGGAACAAGGUGGACGAUGAGAAUUUUAUCAAAGAUGGCGUGACUGAGGAAAUGGAGCCUGAAAUCAUAAAGCUGGCGGAAACCCUGAUCGAGAGAGCAGGCGAGGAGUUCAAGGCGGUAUUUCUGAACGAGUACAAGCAAUUGAUGAAGAAAAGACUUGGACUAAAGACCCAAAAGGAGUCAGAUUUCCAGAGCCUAUUCUCUGAGAUGCUGGAUACCCUGGAAGCUUUAGAGCUGGAUUUUAACCAUUUCUUCCGCCGCCUAUCAAGUCUGCCAAUCUCUGAAUUAGAAACCGAAGAACAGCGGAUCCAAGCCGCAUCUGUCUUUUUCCAUGCCGAAGGAUUUGGUGGGAUUGGCUAUACCGAUGCUUCGGCCAGAUUUCGAGUUGCCAAAUGGCUGGAGAGCUGGCGAGUCCGUGUGCUAGAGGACUGGGCCGCUGACAAGGAUGGAGAUAGACAAGCAGCUAUGAAAGCUGUCAAUCCCAACUUUGUACCUCGAGGAUGGAUCUUGGACGAAGUGAUUGAGCGCGUGGAGCGUAAAGGAGACCGGGAAGUACUAGAACGGGUCAUGAAGAUGAGUUUAAAGCCUUUCAAUGAUGAAUGGGGCUUGUCGAAGGAGGAAGAGGAACGCUUCUGUGGCGACGUUCCAAAAUACAAGAGGGCAAUGAUGUGUAGCUGUAGCUCAUGA